GCAAGCAGCCGAGUGAGAGCGUCCGUCUGUCCGGAGCGUCGCUCGCUCCUCGCUGCCAGGCAGCCAUGGCCGCGGUUGUCGCCAUCCUCGGCCUCACAGCACUGCUGCCCACGGCCGCUUUCCCCUGCGGAGCCCCGCGCCCGGACAACACCACGGCGUUGAAGCUGCUGGGGACGUGGCUGUACAUGGCCGGGGCCGCCCAGUUCCCCCAGCACCUCCUGGAGAUGCUGCUCAUCGACCACGGCUACCUCCACGUGGAGCCCCGUGCCGGCGAGCGGGAGCUGCUCCUCACCCAGCGCAUGGCCAUAGGGGACCAGUGUCUCACCAACAACUCCACCUACCUCAAAACCGCUGUCGGUAACACCACGCUGGUGAAGCACGCCAAGACCCAUCAAACCGUGGGGACGCUGAUGAACCUCAGCUCAGAAGACAUUUUACUUAUCCAGUACCAACUGCAAAGGGAAAGGACGUAUUUGGGACUGUAUCUCUAUGCUCGGAACUCGAAUGUGAGCACAGCCCACCGGGAAGAGUUUGAGCAUCAUGCCAAGCUCCUGGGGCUGAGGGAAGAGGAGAUCGUGUACGCACCGUGGAAAACGGAGCUGUGUCAAGUGAAAGAAAUGGAAAAAGGAAAUAGCGCAUGCACAGAGCCCACGGCUGCAGUCACAGCAUCACCUCCUCCGGGUACUCACCAGCCUGGGACCGCGGGUAACCAACACCACAUUAAACAAUAAACGUCUUGCUCAAA